ACACACACACACACACAAACCCACUUCCAAAAUAACAACAACAAAAAACACACACUCACUCAUACACACAAAAUGGACUUCUGCGGAAAUUUAGGCCAAUGAAAUUGAAGAUGAACCAGAACCAUUGAGCAUGGCUUGGCCCGAUACUGCCCGCAAACGGCUCACCUAUAUAUUGGUGGCGCCACUGCUUAUACCCAUGUGGCUGACAUUGCCCGAUACGCGAACACCGCGUGGCAAAAAAUUCUACCCAGUCACGUUCAUCGGCUCAAUACUGUGGAUCGCUGCCUUCUCGUAUCUGAUGGUGUGGUGGGCGAAUGUUGCCGGCGAUACGGCACGCAUACCACCCGAGGUAAUGGGUUUGACCUUCCUCGCCGCCGGCACAUCAAUACCCGAUUUGAUAACAUCGGUGAUUGUGGCGCGCAAAGGAUUUGGUGAUAUGGCGGUUUCCAGUUCAGUGGGUAGCAAUAUUUUCGACGUCACUGUAGGUUUACCUAUACCAUGGCUAAUCUAUGGCAUCAUCUACGAUGCACCUGUCGAGGUUAACUCCGUGGGCAUGGUCUGUUCCAUAACGAUACUUUUUAUGAUGUUGAUCUUUGUCGUAAUGUCGAUUGCCUGCUUCCGUUGGAAAAUGAAUAGGGGUUUAGGUUUUACAAUGUUUUUGUUAUAUUUCGUUUUUGUUGCUGUUUCGUUAAUGUUCGAAUAUGAUACACUAACAUGUCCAGUGUAAAAGGUGACAAGUAAAUGAAGAAAUAAAAAUUUAAAAAAUAAAAUACAAAAUAAAAAAUUUAAGAAAAAUAAAAAUAAAAUAGCAAA